AGCCGGAAGGAGGCAGGGACCAGCCCCCACCCCCCGCAGCAGCUUCUCCGGGACUCUCUCCAGCCUCCCUCUCCGCUGCUCGGGGAGCCUCGGGAGGUUCCUCCCCAAUGCGCGGCGGGGAAGGAGCGCGGCGAUCUCGCUGAGGGGCCGGAGCCGAGCGCUCGCCGGGUCCCAGCCCGACUUCCAGGGGCGCGAGAGGCGGGAUUUGCGGAGUAUGCUGGCGGGCAGCAGGCUCCCAUGAUGAGAGGGUGGAUCCUGCUUCUCGCUGUGCUCCUAGCUCCAGCACCAGUUACGGCACAAAAAAGAAACCAAGGGACGUGCAUCAAUGUCUAUGCGGCAGACAUCGUGUUCCUGGUGGAUGGCUCCUCCAGUAUCGGGAGGACCAACUUCCGCAUGAUCCGAGCCUUCAUGGAGGACCUGGUCAGGCCCUUUGUCCAUGUGGUCGGUGAGAGCGCGGUGCGAUUCGGGGCAGUGCAGUACAGCGACGACCCCAAGCUCGAGUUCACGUUCUCCCAGCAUCCCAACGGGACGGAGGUGAAGAGGGCCAUCCAGCAGCUGAGCUACAAAGGCGGGAACACACGCACGGGCGCCGGUCUCCGGUACAUCGCUGACAACUUCUUUGGGCCCACUCAGGUCCGGGCCGGGGUCCCAAAGGUCUGCAUCCUCAUCACAGAUGGCAAGUCUCAAGAUGACACCGAGCAGCCCUCUGUGAAGCUGAAGGCUCAGGGCACUAAGGUCUUUUCUGUGGGGAUCAGGAGUGCAGACCGCGCGGAGCUCAUGCGUGUGGCCUCCACUCCCACAGAGGACUACUUCUUCUACGUCAAUGACUUUAAGAUCCUGGGCACCCUGCUGCCGUUGGUGUCUCAGAGGGUGUGUGCCAGCACCGGAGGGGUCCUGCAGACGGGUCCACGGGUGUACAGUGGCCCAUCCAACCUGGUCUUCGUGGAGCAGGCGGUCGACAUGCUGAGGAUCCGCUGGACUGCAGCGGGCGGCCCGGUCACAGGCUACAAAGUCCAGUACGUGCCGCUCACGGGCUUGGGGCAGCAAGUGACAGCAGAGAUGCAAGAGGUCAGCCUGAGUCCCGGGGAGACGAGCGCCGGGCUGAGCCAGCUGAGAGGAGGAACGGAUUAUCUGGUCACCGUCAUCGCCCAGUAUGCCAACAGCAUCGGCGAGUCGGUCUCUGGCAAAGGACGCACUGGGGCCCUAUCUGGAGUGUCAAAUUUCCGAGUGGUGGAGGCUGGGCCGUCCUUCCUCAGACUGGCCUGGGGAGCUGCUUUGGAGAACUUGCAGGGCUACCGGCUCACCUACGUGGCCCGAGGUGAAGCUCAAGCGGAGGAGAUGAGCCUGGGAGCCAACGCCGUGUCCGUCACGCUCAGCAACCUGCGCCCCAACACUGACUACGUGGUCACGCUUCAGCCUAUCUCCCCGCGGCAGACGGCAGCACCGGCCCAGCUAACCGGCCGAACCCUGCGUUUGGAAGGGGUGCAGCAGCUGUCAGUUCAGAACAUCUCCCAGCAGAGCAUGCUGGUGACCUGGCGGAGUGUGAGUGGAGCUACUGGAUACCGGGUGUCCUGGGGGCUCCCCUCAGGCCAGGACAUUCGGAAAUUUGAUGUGGAUGCCAGCAAGAAUUCCUACCUGCUGACAGGGCUGCAGCCAGACACGGAUUACCUGCUGACGGUCACUUCACUCUACGGGCAAGUGGAGGGGCCCCCAGCCUCCAUUAGGAGAAGAACAGAAACAGGCAUAGUCCAGUCCCUGAGGACCGUCAUUCUGGGCCCAACAUCCAUCCAGGUGGCCUGGAACAUCAUCCGCGAUGCCCGUGGCUACAGGCUGGAAUGGAGAAGAGCAACAGGUGCUGAGCCCCCACAGACUGUGUCCCUGCCCACCAACAUCAACAGCUACCAGCUCACCGGCCUGCAGCCAGCCACGGAAUAUCGCAUCACCCUCUACACACUGUAUGACGGGAGGGAGGUGGCCACACCUGUAACCAUCUCCCAGACAGGAGUGGAGCCCCCAGUGGGCCGCAUUUCUGACCUGCGGGUCAUUGAUACCGUGGGGAAGAGGAUCCGGCUGGCCUGGACUGGGGUCCCGGGUGCCACCGCGUACAAGAUUGUGCUGCACAACUCCCAGGAUGGCAGUGACAAGACCAGGCAGAUCCCAGGCACCCAGACCACGCUGGAGCUCGAGGACCUGAGAGAGGAGGUCACCUAUGUAGUGCGUGUGUCAGCCCUGAUUGGCAGGCGCGAGGGCAGUGUUGUCCCCAUCAGUGUCCGCAUUGAGCCAUCAGUGAGCAGCGUGUCCAACCUGCAAGUGGUGCCUGUGGGCGUGGGCCGUGUGCGGCUUCUGUGGAGUGCCAUACCCAGGGCCACUGAGUACAAGCUGGUGAUCACCAACAGGCAGGAUGGCUCAGAGGAGACCAGGCGCGUCCCCGGCAACCGGAAUUUCUUUGAGCUGCAAGAUUUGAAGGAGGGAGUCACAUACCUGGUGCAGGUGACAACCCUGAUGGGCAGCCAGGAAAGUGAUCCUGCCACUAUCACUGUCCAGCUGGAUCCCCUGUCUGUGGGCAGCGUCACCAACCUGCGGGUGGCUGAGAUGAGACCCAACCAGCUGAGGGUCGCAUGGAGUGGGCUUCCUGGGGCGACUGGCUACAAGUUGACGUGGCAGGCGAGUGAUGGCCAGGCGAUCUCCCGGGUCCUGCCAGCCGACAGGACCUCCUUCAGCAUUGAGGAGCUGCAGGCCGGGGCCAUCUAUGUUAUUGGGGUCUCGGCCCUGGUUGGCAGCAGGGAAGGCAGCCCCAUCACCAUCACGGCUAGAACAGCUCCGGAGCAGGUGGGGACAGUCUCCAGCCUCAAGGUCCUCUCGUCCAGGAGCAACGUUGUCCGGGUCACCUGGGUUGGAGUGCCUGGGGCGACAGCCUACAAGGUGGUGUGGAGCCGGCGAGACGGGGGCUCUGAGUCGAGCAAGAUGGUUUCUGGUGACACCAGCUCCUUUGACAUUCUCAACCUGGAGGGUGGAGUCAGCUACACCGUGAAGGUCACAGCACUGAUUGGCAACCGCGAGGGUGACCCUGUCUCCAUCGUUGUCACCACACCAGCAGAGGUGGCCCCCCAGCCUGUGGGGAACCUGCGGGUGAUUGACUCCUCGGACCAGCGCAUUCGCCUCACCUGGAGCCCGGCGCCGGGCAGCACCGGAUACCGCCUGCGCUGGAGGCCAGCAGAUGGGGGGCCGGAGAGGAGCCAGCUGCUCGCCCCCAACGUCAACUCCUACGACAUCGAAGGCCUGGAGGUGGGAAAGCGCUACGAGAUCUGGAUCACCAGCCUGGUGGGCAGCCAGGAGAGCGAGACAGUGGGCAUCGCUGCCAACACUGCACCGCUGGGCCGAGUCACCAAUUUCCGGGUGACGGAGACCCGAGACAAUUCUGUGACCUUGGCCUGGACUCCGGCUCCCAGAGCCACCGGCUACCUCCUCACCUGGAAGCUGCCCAGAGAGGGAGGCGAGACACAGAGUACACUGCCUGGGUCAGCAACUUCCCACCAGGUGUCGGGGCUGCGGCUGGGGCACAGAUACCUCUUCACCAUCCGGCCGCUGUUUGGGAGCGCCAGGGGCGCGGAGUCCACCGUCACCGACCGCACAGUUUGCAGGGACGCUCGCGGUGACAUCAUCUUCCUAGUUCAUGGCACGCGGGACAGUGCCUACAGCGCCGAGACCGUCCGUGCCCUGCUCUCCAACACCGUCUCAGCGCUGGGCCAGCUGGGCCCCGAUGCCUCCCAGGUGGGCCUAGUGAUCUACAGCUACCGCAGCAUCCCAUGGGUCCUGCUGAAUCACUCCAGUGACCUGGGCGCUGUCCUGGAGCGGAUCCGCACCAUGCGCUACGAGGAGCCCAGCGGCAAUGCCCUGGGAGCUGCCAUCAACUUUGCCAGGACCUACAUGCUGAGCCCCAGUGCAGGGCGCCGGCCUGGUGUGCCAGGGGUGCUGGUGGUGCUGGCAGACAGCCCCUCUGGUGACGAUGCCAUUGGGCCGGCCAGGGAGAUCAAGGCAGCAGGGAUCCAGGUGCUGGCGGUGGGCAUGGACGGGGCAGAUCGUGAGCAGCUGCGCCGCAUUGUCACCAAUGAAGACCCACGCCAUGUUUUCUAUGCCAAGGAUUCGAGGGCCGGUCUGUCAGAGCUGGAGGACAGGCUCGCCAGCACCCUCUGCAGGAUGACUGUCACGGACAGGCUGGAGCCCUGCACAGUUCAGUGUCCCAAGGGUGAGAAGGGGGAGCCCGGCCAGACUGGGCAGAAAGGACGCAUGGGGCAGCCUGGCCCCCCUGGAGACCCGGGGCUCAAUGGGCUUCCGGGCCCCCCAGGACCAAUGGGGCCACGGGGUGCCCCAGGCGAGAUCAUCGAGCGGCCAGGCCAGAAGGGGGAAAGAGGAUUCCCAGGAGCGGAUGGGAUCCCAGGAAGCCCUGGUCGCCCUGGAAACUCUGGCUCUCCUGGCCAGCCGGGUAGACAAGGCAUUCCCGGCCUCCGAGGUCUCCUGGUAGGUAGAGCUCCCGCUUCCCCUUUAGCCUUGCUCCCUGCUCUGGAGGGGGAGCAGGGCCCAGUGGGGCCUCCCGGGCAGCGGGGAGAGAAAGGCGAGCCGGGAGAUCCAGGAGUGAUUGUGAACGGAGGAGGGAGGCUGCCUGGCCGGAAAGGGGAGCCUGGGAGUCCGGGAAAUCCUGGCAUCCCUGGGAACCCUGGGCCUAGAGGAGCGGUCGGUGAUCCAGGACCUCCUGGGCCCAUUGGACCUCCAGGGCCAUCAGGACCUGCCGGAGAGUUUGUCAAGGGGGCGAAAGGCGAGCGAGGGGAGCGGGGCCCCCCCGGGCUGAUUGAUGGGGUAUCUCCCGGAGGAGAGCCAGGCAUCCCGGGCUUGCCUGGCGAUCCUGGUUCCCCUGGGCCCCGGGGACCUGCUGGGCCCCCAGGACAGAAAGGAGACAAGGGUGAUGGGGAAGAAGGUUUUCCAGGGCCGCCAGGUCGCCAAGGGGACCCAGGAGAUCGGGGCCCAAGAGGACCUCCAGGUGAACAAGGAAGCAAGGGAGACCGCGGGCAGCCGGGAGAACUCGGAGAAGCAGGGGAGAAGGGCGAUCGCGGACCCCCUGGGCCGGAAGGGAAGAAGGGGGAGCUGGGAGCUCCAGGCCGCCUGGGCCCAGCAGGCAGAGAGGGAUUGCCAGGACCGUCCGGCCCCCGAGGGGAAAAGGGGGAUCAAGGUGCUCCUGGGGAACCUGGAAAGCCGGCUUCCAGCGUCUCCGGAAUCAAAGGAGAGAAGGGUGACAGAGGCCCUGCAGGAGCAGAGGGGGCCCCGGGUUCCAGGGGAGACGCAGGAGAUAAAGGAGACCGCGGCCCCCCUGGAUUCAGUGUCACUGGCCCACCUGGCCCCAAAGGAGAACAGGGUGACAGGGGGAUUGUCGGCCUCACUGGCAAGAGUGGCCCAAAGGGUGACCCAGGGGAACCCGGUGAGAAGGGGGAGCUGGGGAGACCAGGAGCUCCAGGGCAGAUGGGCCUGCGAGGGAAGGAGGGUGAACGUGGUGAGAAGGGUGACGAGGGGACCCCAGGAGAGUCGGGCCAGCCUGGAAAACCUGGCGACCGGGGCCCCCGGGGCCUACCAGGAAACCGUGGCCUCCCCGGGGACAAGGGUGACCAGGGAGACUCUGGCGAGGAUGGCAGAAAUGGCAGUCCUGGAGUACCAGGGGCCAAGGGCGACCGCGGGGAACCGGGGCCGCCUGGACCCCCAGGACAAAUUAUCAAUUUGGAACCUGGAGGAGGAAUUGGAGAGAAAGGCGAGAAGGGGGUGCCAGGGGACCCCGGAGAGGAUGGGAUGAAGGGUGCGAAGGGCGAAGCUGGGGUACCUGGCCUGCUUGGAGAGAGGGGGAUUGAAGGUCCCAGAGGCCCCCCCGGAGCUCGGGGUGACCCUGGAGACCGAGGCCAAUCAGGAGACAAGGGAGACCGAGGCCCUCCGGGGCUGGAUGGCCGGAACGGCUUGGAUGGCAAACCUGGGCAAAUGGGCCCUGCGGGGCAAAGGGGUGACCCAGGCAAGCAGGGUGACCCCGGCCGAGAUGGGCUGCCAGGCCAGCGAGGGGAGCAAGGUCCCCCAGGAGCCAUGGGCCCCCCGGGACCACCAGGCUUGGCUGGCAAACCCGGCGACGACGGCAAACCCGGCCUGAAUGGGAAGAACGGAGAAGAUGGGACUCCAGGAGAAGAUGGGAGGAAGGGGGACAAAGGAGAAGCUGGCGCCCCUGGCAGAGACGGUCAAGAAGGCCCCAAGGGCGAGCGAGGAGACCGUGGGGCGCCAGGCCCCUUGGGACCUCCUGGUGUCCCCGGUGUACCUGGGCAGGUUGGACCCCCAGGCCAGGGUGCUCCAGGCCUUGCUGGGGCUGCCGGACAAAAGGGCGACCGAGGAGAGGCUGGAUCCAAAGGAGAACAGGGCAGACCUGGGGAUCCUGGACAACGUGGUGAGCCUGGGACCGUCUCGAAUAUUGAACGUGCCCUGGAAGCCUAUGGGAUUAAGAUUGCCUCGCUCAGAGAGAUCACUGGAGCCUAUGACGGCAGCACUGAUCCAUUUCUGCCCUACCCUGACCGCCGGAGAGGCCCAAAGGGUGAUAGGGGAGACUCAGGGGAGAGGGGACCUCCAGGCAAAGAGGGUGUGAUGGGCUUUCCUGGAGAGAAAGGGCCCAAGGGCGACAAAGGAGACCAAGGCCCUGCUGGCCCCCAAGGCCCCAUGGGACGUGCUAUCGGAGAGCGAGGUCCAGAGGGGCUGCCUGGCCAGGCAGGGGAACCUGGCAAGCCUGGAAUCCCAGGGGUGCCAGGGCGGGCCGGGGAGCUCGGAGAGGCUGGCAGGCCUGGCGAGAAGGGCGAUCGGGGCGAGAAGGGCGAUCGGGGAGAGCCGGGCAGAGACGGCGUGCAGGGUCCUCCAGGGCCCCCGGGACCCAAGGCAGAUGUGGUGGAAGGGAGCCUCUCGGGUCUUCCGGGGGAGCGUGGACCCACAGGACCCAAGGGAGCCAAGGGAGAGCCCGCUGUGGAUGGCGAGAGAGGACCCAAAGGAGAUAAGGGUGAACCUGGGCAGAAGGGGGAGAGAGGAGAAGUUGGCGAGAAAGGCAGGGAUGGCAGCCCGGGCCUCCCAGGAGAAAGAGGCCUUGCUGGGCCGGAAGGAAAACCGGGCCCGCAGGGCUUUAGAGGGCCUCCCGGCCCAGCUGGCAACCAGGGAGAUCCAGGGCCACCAGGCUCAGCUGGGCUUGUUGGACCGCCAGGCGCUCAGGGCCCACCUGGAAUAAAGGGAGAUUCCGGUGAGCCUGGCUCCAGCAUUCGGGGCUUGCCCGGGCCCCAGGGGAGCGUCGGCCUCCCAGGUCCCUCAGGCCCCCCCGGCCUUGUGGGACCGCAGGGCGCCCCAGGAUUGCCAGGACCAGUGGGUGAGACUGGAAAGCCUGGAGUGCCGGGGAGAGAUGGAGUGCCAGGGAAGGAGGGAGAACCAGGGCUGCCUGGGAAAAUGGGUGUGCCAGGACCCACAGGCCCUGCCGGACCUAAAGGAGCGCCAGGGGACGCCGGGCUCCCAGGACAGACGAUUGUCGGUCCUCCUGGGAUGAAAGGCGAGAAGGGCGAAUCCGGAGGGACUGAAGGGAACCUGCUGGGUGAACCGGGUGCCAAGGGCGAGCGAGGCUUACCGGGCCCCAGGGGAGAGAAGGGGGAUCCUGGAAGACAGGGGGAACCUGGAGACCCUGGGGAAGAUGGAGCCAAAGGAUCCCCUGGAGUCAAAGGGGAAAAGGGUUCGGUUGGCAUUGGCCUGCAGGGACCCCCUGGACAAGAUGGGCCUCAAGGUUUGAAGGGUGACACUGGCUUACCUGGCCCACCAGGAUCCCCGGGCUUGCCAGGCAUCGCAGGGACCCCCGGCCAGCCAGGUCUGAGGGCAGAAAAUGGACAGCCAGGCCCACCAGGGCCUCCAGGAGAGAGGGGUUUGAUUGGCUUCCCUGGAAGAGACGGCACCUCUGGCUCACCAGGGCCACCGGGGCCCCCAGGGCCAGUGGGGGCACAAGGCGUCCCAGGACUGAAGGGUGACAAGGGGAACGUGGGGGUUGGACAGCCAGGCCCUAGAGGCGAGCGAGGAGACCCAGGGCCACGGGGUGAAGACGGGCGCCCAGGGCUGGAGGGAGAUCGUGGGCCUGCGGGGCCUCCCGGAAACCGAGGGGAGCGUGGUGACAAAGGAGACGUUGGAGUUAUGGGGCCCAAAGGAGACAAGGGUGAUACCGUCAUUGUGGAGGGGCCGGCUGGAGUCCGGGGGAGCAAGGGGGAGCCGGGAGACCGCGGUCUGAAGGGGAUGGAAGGGGAAAAAGGCGACAAGGGUGACCCGGGCCUCCCAGGAGAGAAGGGAGGAAGGGGCGAGCAAGGGGAGAAGGGCUCCACAGGCUUCCCAGGAGCACGCGGCCCCGGAGGGCAGAAGGGUGAAGUUGGCGUAUCGGGAGACCCCGGAGAGUCGGGCCUGCCAGGAAAGGAUGGAAUCCCAGGAUCCAGAGGGGAGAAAGGGGACAUCGGGCCACUGGGAAUGCGAGGCCCUAAGGGGGAUCGGGGAACAAAAGGUGCCUGUGGCCAGGAUGGAGAUAAGGGGGAGAAGGGGGAGCCGGGGAUUCCAGGCCGAAUGGGACUUCCAGGAAGGAAGGGCGAGCUGGGAGAGCUGGGCAUGCCUGGAACCCCAGGAAUCCCGGGGAAAGAAGGUCUCAUGGGACCCAAGGGUGACAGGGGAUUUGAUGGUCAGCAGGGAGCCAAAGGAGACCAGGGAGAGAAAGGAGACCGGGGUACUCCAGGCAUUAUUGGCUCCCCAGGCCCUAGGGGCAAUGAUGGAGCACCUGGCCCACCUGGCCCCCCAGGUAGUGUUGGCCCUAAGGGCCCUGAGGGGAUUCAAGGGCAGAAGGGUGAAAGAGGCCCCCCAGGGGAGUCGACUGUAGGGACCCGAGGCGUCCCUGGGAUUCCAGGAGAGAGAGGAGAUCAGGGGAAUCCGGGACUCGAAGGCUCAAGAGGAGAGAAGGGGGACCCUGGCAUGACGGAACAAGAGAUCCGCGCAUUUGUCAGGCAGGAAAUGAGUCAGCACUGCGCUUGCGGAGGGCAGCUCUCCUCUUCUGAACCACGUCUUCUCCCCAACUAUCCAUCCACCCAACCAUUCCCAUCUGUUAAUGCUCAUCUAGUCCCUGUGCUUAAGUUGUCACACGCUGAAGAAGAGGAGGGGGACGAGGUGCGUGUUGUGAACACAAAUGACCCUGAGUAUGAGCAUGUCUACGCAAUGGAGUACUACGAAGAGGGCCUGGAAGCUGAUGGGACAGAGAGCACCAUGCUGAGCGAUGCUGACCUAUGCAGCUUGCCCCUGGACGAGGGAGACUGUAGCAGAUUCACACUCAGGUGGUAUUAUAACCAAAAAGUGGCAGAGUGCCGGCCUUUCGUCUACAGUGGCUGCAGGGGGAACCUCAACCGUUUCUACACCAAGGAGGACUGUGAUCUCCAAUGCAGGCACCAGGCAGAUUCAGAUGCCCAAAUUGCUGCUGACAACACAUCAGAUACGAAGAGGAAUGCGUAAACUGCCCUGUUUUAGUGGGGUUUCCCUGUCCAAGGGGGAACUGACCAAAGGGAGAGAAGACCCCACCUGCCCUCUGAGUGAAAGACUUACAGGCUCCUACAGGGGAACCUACCCUGGGCCUGCCCCAGGUCCCAGCCACACAUGGUGCGUUUGGUCUGAGACUCUCCUUGUUGCCAUCUCUGCUCCCUACAGCGCUGCCCCACAUGCCAGCUUGCUGGAGCAGAGACUUGGUGCUAUUUCGCAAUGAGUGUUUGUGCUGCUCUUGGUUUUACUUUUCUUAUUAUUUUUAAAUUAAGGUGAAAUUUUUAUCAAAUGGAAAAAAAUAUCUGUAACCUCUUUAAAAAGCCAACAGUUCUGAAUUAGAGCUUUUUAACUUAUUUGAUGCUGAUUAAGAACACACAGAAUGCGUUAGCCGGUCCAAACCUGUUCAUAUUGCCACUUGCUUUAUUUCUGGUUCAAAGGCCUGUGGGCCCCUGGUUGUGAAAUGGACUAGCCAGCUUGAAUGUCUCCUAGCCAAACUGCUCCUGUGGAAUUGGCGAACCACUCACUCAGUGAGCAGAGCUGUGAAUGGCAUCAUUGCACAAAGCCCCUGGAUUCAAUGCCAAAGUUUGCAUGAUGUUAAUUCUCCAAAGGGUAAAAUCAUCUUGGUUUUUGCGUGGAAGCUGCCCCCUUCCAUCCCCCAGGCACUGGAAAUGCUCCUUCGUGGCUUGUAACGCUGUGCUUUCUUUUCUCUUGCUGUUUGUCUUUUGGGGGGACUCGUUGGGCUGUUGGCAAUUCCACCCUUGGGGCUGCCAAAGGAAUAGAACAUACAGGCUGCCUUCCUCUCCUGGCAUAUCCCAGGCAUUUGGACUGUAUCAGAGAGGAGGAAACACAACCCAGUUGGGCAGCCCUUGAAUCUUAGAGAUGCGAUCUCACGGCUUGGAAGAGAUUGGCCAGGUGUCAGUUCUCCUCAAGCCCCAGCAAGAGCCAGAGCCCAGGAACCUUCUCUAUAGGCAAUUCCACCAUUCUCAGCCUAACUCUUCUCUUAGCUCCAUGCUCAGAAGCCCUCGCAGACAAGCAUGUUGCAAAUAGCAAAAUACGGUUUACUGCUUAGCAGCGGAGAUCAGCCUCUCUCUCAUGGUCUGUGCAUUUCCCUCUGGAUCCCCAAGAAACCUGUUCUGCUCCAGAACAGGAUUUGCCAAAGGAAAGGACCUGGUUGGUGUCUCAAACCUCCAUGCUCUGAUAGGACCAGACUGUUUGCAUGCUCCAUUCGCCAUCAUCUCUGCCUUUUUUUCAAACAAACCAUUUUAUAGUAACUAAGGGUGGUGGGUAGGGCUUGUUAAAGGCACUUUCCUGUUGGCCUCCACCAAAUCCUGGAUGUUAGCUACAUCUCCCGUGUGCUGCUCCCCUGCACUGUGUGCUGCUUGAUGUCUGCAAACAUUCAGUUGGGAUAAAACAGCUGGGAAAUUCAAUUCACACCUGACUGGACCUCCGGUGCAAUUUUGUGCCCAGGCAAAGGUGAUUUUACAGAGGCCCCUGGGAAUAUCCAAGACCUCCGAUUAAAGAAAAGAAAUCAGGAUGUUGUAAAAAUUAAUUUUGGAUUCCAGAUAAAUUCUAGUCAGGACCAUUUGCAAAUUUCACACCAUGUAGAGACUUGGGAUUUGGAAAAUCAUGAUUUUUAUUUAAUUACUAAUUGAAUUAACCUCUCAGGUUCCAGGCGGGGGCUUCACAGGGGUUAAGGCUGUAACAUCUGUGCUUGUUAUGCCACUGGGGGAGGCAUAGACAGCUGUGAAAGAGCAACAAAUCUGUCAAAGGAGACAUUCCCCACCUCCUCCAAAAUAAAUUUCAUUUGAAGAAGUUUCACCUUAAUCCUGAACAGUAACCAACAUUCUCAAGCAAGAGUGACAGUAUUGGAAGAAACCCAAACAAAGGCCAGAGCGUGUUUGUGUACGCGUGUGUGCGCGCGUGUGGAUUUGUCUGUAUGAUGCACAUUGAUCCACACCCAUUUUAACAAUGCUUUUCUUGAACCUAGUGGUGCUGAACCAUGUUAUGAGAAUAAUCAGGGAAACACUGAGGAUGGUGCUAUGCUAUUGUAAGUUCCUGCCAUCAUACGGCAUUUUAAAAAGCUUUGUAAAAACUGUUUGCAAUCCCGGUUUUAUACCAUCACCCCUUUCCCCACCCAAAACGCUGUGCCCCCGGUUGGAUGUGCUCGCACUCUCUUUCAGUUCUGUAAAGUGUCAAUACAAACCUCCCAUCUUUACACAGCUGUUCUGAAAAGGGAAACAAGGGUAACCGUCAGAUCUGAAACCAUUCCAAUGGGUGGGUGUAUAUAUGAUCUCUAUAUAUUGCUGCACUGUGUGUGUAUAUAUGUAUACAACAUGUGUCUGUGUGUCUGAAUGCAAGGGAGGUGUCAUUUAAAGCUGCAGUAAUUGGAAUCUGAUGCAGUUAUUGUAAUGAUCGCUAACGAGGGAACACCCUGGGCUAAGACACAGGCAUAGACAGAUUUCACUGGCUGGUCAGAAGUUAGGGAGCCACAGUGUGACUUUAAAAAGAUUUUCUGUAGUCAUCGGGUCAUGUUCCUAUGGAGUGGCUUGAAACAGGUGUAGUUGAGGGAAAUGUGACUGGUGUUUCGAGUCUAGGUACAAAGUGCCUGGCUUCGUGUGGUGGGGCAGUCUCUUGCUAUUGAAAGAUUGCCUGGCUGAACAGUACAGAGUAAGAACUAUGCCUGGGAAGACAUGCGUAUGCAGCACUGUUGUGAUCUCAGUGCAUUUACUGUGGAUCUCCAUUUUGAUUACAGUUCAGAUCCUUACUAAAGACUACUACUACUACUACUGUGUUUUCUGGUAAUGGCCCAAUUCUGAGGUCUUGGCUCCUGACACAGUCCUAAGUAACCAGCAAUAUCUUAGCGGUGCUGAUGUGUCAUGUCACCUGCCCAGCUGGAAUUGUGCUGUGAUGCUUUCAGCAACCUCCUCUGAAUUUGUCAGGCUUAGAUCUUCAAAGAAUGGGUGUGAGUGCGAAGCCCCCUGCUACAGUAAUGGGCACUAAAACAUCUGACUCGGUUGAGGACAGACCUUCUCCCUGCCUGCAUGGAUUGCCCACUCCCAUGGGAUGCCUGGUCAGUGCCAGUGCUUUCACAGGUAUUCAGCACUGUGCAAGAAUGACAAUGGAAACAAUCUUUCAGCUUUUUCCAUAAAGGUCUCCUGGAAAUUGAGAACCACCAUCCUCCUUACAUCUGGGCUCAUGUGACCUUGCUGUAGAUCAUUACUAAAGAUAAAGUGUAUCAGCAUGUUCCCUGCCUCUUUUGGGGGGAAGUGUUUGUUAGCAUCCAGUGGUGAGUUUCACUUCAGUGUCACCUGGCAACAGCUGACAGAGGCAAAAAUACCACCCUGCCUGGCAGUGACUUUAGAAGAUUUGUCUGGAUAGAUUCAGAGAAGGGUGACUAGAUGCAAGUCAUGUUGGGUGGUGGUUGUUUUUUCUGUCAAGUGCCUUUCAUGACAUAUGGUGCAAAAACUCAAAAUCUGGCAAAUAAAAGUUUGUGAUACCUCA